GUUGAAAAUAGAGAUCAACAGCAUACUCAAAAUGAUGAUUUGGUAUCUGUAAGAAGUGAUGGAUUACAGGGUGUUACGUCAAGUUUCGGUUUAGGUCGCAAUUAUCACCGAAAUCCUGCAUCAUUCAUGCGUCAUGGUAUUGGCAUGAAUCAUGCUCAACAAACUACAAG